CCCAGCUGAAGGCGCUCUAGUCUGUAGGUCCAGGAAAAACCCCCUCCUCCCCGACGGGAAAAUCAUAAACAGCAGAUCAGAUUUAGGGCAGAAGGAAAGAGGGGAUAUUAUCAAAUAGGCGCUGGCUGAUUUAUUGUGUGCACGUAUCCGCUGGAUGUAUGUGAAGCGUGUGGAUGCUGCACGGUUAGUGCUGACUGACUCCCGGAGAUGCUGUGGACAGGCCGAACCUGUUUAACAUCCGCUUGCUUAUUGGAUGGAGCAAAGAAAGAUAGACAAUAAAUCAGAAUAAGAGAUCAACAGGCCAGUUGUAUUCGGUCUGAGAGCAGGAGUCCGAGGAAGAGGGGCAGCGGCAUGUUCUGAGCGGAGAGCCGACGAGCGGCGGCAGCAGGCGGGAUGAAGGCUCCGAGAAGACCGAGGCAGACGCGCCUCCUCCCGCGUUUCUGCGUCUGUGGAGUCGGUCUGAUCGCAGCCGCCUGGAUCUUUCACUUCUGUGAUGUUACAGACUACCAUAGACCAACUGUGGAUCACAGCAGCUCCUUAUUCAAAAGAGAGCUCAUCCAGCAAAAAGAAGACAACCAGACUGGGGGUGCUUCUAGAUCUGCUAUCAGUGAAUUUCCUGAAGACAUCUUUACUGUGGAUCAAAGGAGACAGGGUGCAGUCCUCCUUCAUGUUCUCUGUGCUAUCUACAUGUUUCACGCACUGGCCAUUGUCUGUGAUGUUUACUUUGUGCCAUCACUGGAAAAAGUGUCAGAGAACCUUCAGCUCAGUCAGGAUGUUGCCGGGGCAACCUUCAUGGCAGCUGGGAGCUCCGCCCCUGAGCUCUUCACUUCUUUGAUUGGCGUGUUUAUCACAAAGGGUGACGUCGGUGUGGGAACUAUUGUGGGAUCAGCUGUCUUUAACAUCCUGGUUAUCAUCGGCAUCUGUGGCAUCUUUGCAGGACAGCCCAUUGCUCUGAGCUGGUGGCCUCUGUUCCGUGAUGCUGUUUUCUACAUCCUCUCCAUAGUGGUGCUUAUUCUGGUGAUCUAUGAUGAAAAAGUCCUGUGGUGGGAGACCAUCAUCCUGAUCUCUAUGUAUGGACUCUAUAUAAUCAUCAUGAAGUUUAACAGAUCUCUGUGCUGCCUGGUGGAGAGACACUGCAGCAGGGCCGGUCAGCCGUGUCUGAGCGGUCUGCGACGGAUGACUGCUGUCGGAAACGCCGGAGACGGCGACAAUGACAUGGUGCCGCUGAAACCAGACUCAUGUGUGGUGGCCGGUCAGGAUUCAGGGGUCGUAAUGGUGGAUGAGCUACUGAACUCGCACCCCCAUCAACUGACUCUGUCAGAGAGGCAAAGGCUGAUUCGGGCUCGGGUUGGCCCAGAGGAGGGGGCAGCUUCAGGGGAGGAAGGUUCAGGAGCUAGUGGGCCUUGGGGGAGAGAGAAUGGGACGGCGGCUGAGGGAGAGAGACAGCCACCAGAGGGAGAGUUGGAGAGGGGUAAAGAGACAGUAGGGGAGACAUGUGGGGGAGGACAGCCCAAGGAGCAAGAGGAAGAGGAGGAGGAGCAAGAGGACCAAGAUGAAGAGAAUGUUCCUUUCAAACCGUUUGUCCUGCCAGAUGGGUGGUGUGUGCGUCUGAAGUGGCUGCUCUCCUGGCCUGUGAGUGUCCUGCUUUACUGCACCAUCCCUGACUGUAACCUGCCGCGGUGGGAGCGCUGGUACCUGCUCACCUUCCUGUCCUCCACACUCUGGAUAGCCUUCUUCUCCUACCUCAUGGUCUGGAUGGUGACAAUAAUCAGCUAUACACUUGGAAUCCCAGAUGUGAUCAUGGGCAUCACUUUUCUGGCUGCUGGCACGAGUGUCCCCGACUGCAUGGCCAGUCUCAUUGUCGCCCGACAGGGGAUGGGCGACAUGGCUGUGUCCAACUCCAUUGGCAGUAAUAUCUUUGAUGUGCUGCUGGGUCUGGGCUUUCCCUGGGCGCUGAGGACUCUUAUAGUCAGCUAUGGAUCAGUGGUGACGAUAAACAGCAAAGGCCUGGUGUACUCAGUGAUUCUGCUUCUGGCCUCAGUCACGCUUACUGUCCUCUGUGUCCAUAUGAACCACUGGAGGCUGGACCGCAGGCUGGGAGUCUGCCUCCUGCUGCUGUACGCUGUCUUCCUGCUCUGCUCCGUCGGUUUCGAACAGCUUUAGACGACACUCCCGUUACACGCAAACAAACGGCCCUCCUCCCCUGCUGCCAUUAUUAAUGAAAAAUGUACGGAGAGAUGAUUUAUGGUUUCAUUUCAAAGUGGCUUUCCACGAUAGAUAGUCAUUACUAUGACACCGGCUGCCUACAAACGAAAUUGUUUACCUUUGAUAAAUGAGUCUUUUACAGAGUUUUGUACUGUAGCACUUCCAACCCGAUGAUAAUGCACUGUCUCACAAGAAAUUUAUAAAAUAUGGAAUUUGUAUUCUGAAACCUAGAAUAUUAUAUAAGAACCCCAAAGUGUGUUAGUUUACUUAUUAUUACUGCCACAAGUAACCUCAACGAGCAGAUGAUUUCACAUGUAAGUGUAUAUGGUUGCUUCUCGGUUUAUCCACUUAUUUCAUGUAAAGUUUUGUGUUUUCGUCACGCCUUUGUAUCUGUAGCUGUAAAAAGCAUAGCAUGGCUAAUCACGCUCCAGAUAUUUGCACUAAGCCACUGUUGUCUUGGCUUUGUAUACAAUGUAGGCCCCACACUUGCCCCCGCCCUCCCCCUGCUAAAAGCUUCUCAACACAAAGGUUGUUUUAAUUUUUCCUGAAACAACAAUGAAUAUAUUCUGCAAGAUGUUUAUAAAUGUCUGUCUGGAGAGAGUCCUGAAGUGUAUGUCUUUGAGUUACGAGUGCAAUAAAAAACUUUGU